AUGGAAGAAUUGCUCUGUGAUGCAGCAAUGAGAGGGGAUCUAGCAUUACUAUACGAUAUAAUUGCAAGAGAUGUUUACAUUCUCGAUAGAGUUUUGGUGGGAAACCUAGCUGGAGUUUUAGAUAUGGAACUAGGGGCAGCCCUUCACGUAGCAUCCGCUAAGGGGCACAUAGAGAUUGUGAAAGCUUUAGUGAAGGUUAGCCCAGAGAUGUGCCUAGCUCAUGAUCGAGAUGGUAAUAACCCUCUUCACAUCGCUGCAAUUAACGGUCAGUGGAAGUUAGCCAUGAGAUGUGCGUGGCUCGUGACCGAGAAGCUACUGCUAAACAAGGGAGACAAAGAAUUUGUCAAUUCUACCGAUAUCAAAGGCAACAACAUAUUGCAUCUCGCUGUUUUUGGUAAACGAUGUGAGGAUCUGACGAAGGCGAUGGAGAAACGAAAGCGAAGAACGGCGACUAUCACUGAAAUGAAGGCGACUGGAUCUGACGAAGGCGAAGAACGGCGUCCGACUGAAACGAGGGCGAAUCAAAGGCGACUAGCGCAACGGAGACGAACGUGGGUGAACAGUGGUGUACGCAACACCAAGGUGUGCACCUCCGAACCGUCGGAUCGUGCAUCCGACGGUUCGGAUCUCAUCUCGAUAAUGAACAACUCUCGAUCGUUGGUUGUCAAGAUAAGAUUCGAGCCAUUGAAUGUACGAUCUGACGGAUCAGAGGUGCGCAAAGCAGUGUUGGGUACUUCACUGCACAACACCAACCCGAAGCCCGCUCCAAACAUGCAACAUAAUGCGCCGGAAUCAGUACAAAACCCAUCCUCGUCUUUUCCAUUAACGAACAAAACCAACUUCUAG